AUGGAGGACAGUGACAAUCAUGUGGAUUAUUUCAAUUACACAAAUGAGAGUGAGGAUUCCAAUUUCAGUUAUUACGAAUCAUAUUAUAAUGGAACAGAUGACACAGCAGGGCCAAGAGACGUUAUAAAAAAGGUGUCCCUGGCCCUUUACUUUCUUACCUGUCUGCUCGGCGUCCCGGGAAACGCUGCCGUGGUGUGGAUUGCAGGAUGUAAGAUGAGAAGGACGGUCAACACCAUCUGGUUUGUGAACCUGGCUGUCGCUGAUCUCUUCUGCUGUCUCUCCAUCCCUUUUUCCGUGGUGGAGAUUUUUCUCGACCAUCACUGGCCUUACGGAAACGCCAUGUGCAAGGUUCUGUCCUCUGUAAUAAUUAUUAAUAUGUUUGCCAGUGUCUUCACGCUGACCCUGAUCAGUCUGGACCGGUUUGCUCUGGUGAUCAAACCCGUCUGGGCCCAGAACCAUCGCAAACUAUCGCUCGCCUGGAUUCUCUGCGGAGUUGCCUGGAUGUUAAGUUUGGGUCUCAGUCUGCCCACCAUGAUCUUAAAGGGUACCAGGUCUGACGAAUUUUUCAACGUAACACUUUGCACAUACCAUCACGACAGUGACGCGUACUCCUACUACGACGAGGAUCAAACCCCCGACCGCUCAGCCUUAAAGACCAUUGGUACCAUCCGGUUUGUAUUUGGCUUCCUGUUUCCCCUCAUCACCAUCACGGUAUGUUACGCGUUCAUCGCCCAAAGGUUGAGAGCUAGCCGCUUUCGCUCUGACAAGGCAUUUCGAAUCAUGUUGGCGGUCGUGGUGACGUUCUUUCUCUGCUGGGUCCCGUAUCACGUGGCUGGACUGGUCCAGGAUUAUGGUGAAGAGCAGAUUUCCCAAGUGGCAUUUAUGCUGGACCCGUUGGCUCUCUCCCUGGCAUAUAUAAACAGCUGCCUGAACCCGGUUCUGUAUGUAUUCAUGGGACAGGACUUCAAGUCACAAGUCAGGCUCUCUCUCAGACGGGUCUUUGAGAACGCCUUCAGCGAGGGUACAACAAACACCACAGUUCACACCAAAGGGCAGAAAUGUUCAGCCUCUAACUCCUCAGCGAUGCAACUGCAAUAUGUAACCUCACAUCAGACACAUUCCUUCUGA